AUGCAUUUGUUGACUAUAUUUUUGACGUUUGUGCUUGGGUUGCACUAUAGCAAUGGGCGCACUGUUGCUCCAAUAGAUCCAACACAAAGGCCUUUAGUGCCUUCACAUACAAAACCCGCUCCAACAGCAGCAUUCCAACAUGAAUUUCAGUUGGACUCUGACGGAAACUUUUGGCUAUUUUGGAAUGUCAGCGGUACCAAUAUUACGUUUGAAACUCAUGUCAGAACCAGGGGAUAUGUUGGAUUUGGGCUUUCGCCGAAUGGUAAAAUGUUUCCAUCGGAUGUCGUUGUUGGAUGGGUAAAAGACGGAACAGCAGUUUUAAAAGACUGCCACACUACGGGACAUUUUACUCCCGAAGUUGAUACCAGUCAGGAUUGGCACUUGAUUAAUGGCUUUGAGAACGACUUUGGCACUGUCCUAACAUUUUCCAGAAAGUUGGAUACAUGUGAUGACAACGACACAAUGAUAACUGACGACACUGUGAAAGCUAUAUAUUCCUAUCAUCCUGACGAUCCGGAUUCCAUUCAAGGAAUGCAAUGGCAUGGAGUAAAACGUCGUGGAGCGCAAAGUUUGAUGUUGUUGUCAUCUACUAAAUCUGAUGUUAACAUUCCAGCUAAUAAUGUACACAUAGAUCUGGUAUCACCUCAUUUUUCAGUACCUUCGGUUGAUACACGUUACCAAUGUACUAUACACAAAAUACCAACCCUAUCGAAGAAACAUCAUAUGAUCAGAUAUGAACCAGUAAUACAGAAAGAAAACAUCGAUUAUGUCCACCAUAUUGUUGUUACAACAUGUCCUGAAGUAACCGAGGCAGAUGUUGGAACUUCCUUUGAGUGUUACUCAAGGGGUACACCGAGACGUUUCCAAACAUGCAGUGAAGUAGUUGUGGCUUGGGCUGUAGGCGGAGUGGCUUUUAAUAUGCCAGAGCACGUUGGAUUUGCUUUUGGAGAGGCAAACAGUCCAAAAUAUUUGAGAAUAGAAAUGCAUUAUAACAAUCCUACCAUCAAAACUGAUAUUGUCGACAGCUCAGGCAUCAGAUUAAUUCUUACCCCUGACACUCGCCAGUUUGAUGCAGCCGGGAUGAGUGUUGGAGUCAAUGUUGAUCCAAAUCAUUUUAUACCACCAUACCAGAAAGCUUUUUUGUCAACGGGAUAUUGUAGUCCAGAGUGUACUGAGAAGGGUUUACCAGAAACUGGAAUUAAGAUUUUUGGCCUCUUGCAACACGCUCAUUUAUUGGGUGCUGGAAUUAAAACGAGGCAUGUAAGAAACGGAACUGAACUGUCUCCCAUAGCUGAGGAUGAUCACUAUGAUUUUAACUACCAAGAUAUCCGGGUUUUAAAGGAAGAACGGGAGGUCAAACGAGGUGACAGCUUUAUUGUUGAAUGUACUUACGACUCAUCGAGAAGAAACAAACCAACAAUAGGAGGUCUAUCAACACAAGAAGAGAUGUGUGUUUCCUUUUUAUACUACUAUCCACGGACAUCAAUGUCUUUGUGUUUGGGUUUACCAGUGUAUGACCAAAUAUCCAAAGAUCCAUCCAAGGCAGUGGCACAAUUUAACGGUUGGAAUUGGAGAGAUGAUAAUGUUCAGCACAUGUUUCAAGACUUGGUGAAUAACUCAACAUAUAGGCUUAUUUGUAAUGGACCCGAAAUGCUCAAGAUUCAUCGCCACUUCUCUAUUGUUCCUAAACCAGAUGUUCCUUUCCAGAAACCACAACGACAUUGUUCAUAACUCUGUCUUACUGAUAUAUAACCUUCGACGAUGGCAUAAUUUCAUCACAUCAUAAUACAUGUUUAUAAAUAACUGUCAAAAUAAUCUCA